AUGACGAAAGGGCAUGAAGCUAUUAACCCAAUUCAUCCAUCGAUGAUUGACAAAAUGGAUCCUGAUUUUAUCAAGUUAUAUAAUGAACAUGUUGCGAAUACACCAAAUAAACCAAUUGAUUUACCUCUAUUAAGAAAGAACUAUUCCAAGAUUUAUUCUUACGGGACAGGGCCAUCACCAGAUAUCAAAGAUGUAAAAGAUAUUCAUUUCAAAUCCUCUGAUGGAUAUAAUGUUAGACUUAGAGUCUAUACACCAAACGGAGUGAAGGACAAUGUGAAAUUGCCCGUCCACAUUGAUUUUCAUGGUGGAGGCUGGGGCCUUGGGGAUUUGGAUACGGAGAGCCAUAUUAUUAAACACUAUGUUGAAUUGGCACAGAUCGCUGUGGUCGAUGUUGAUUAUAGGUUAGUGCCCGAGCACCCAUUUCCCACGGGUCUAAAAGACUGUUUCGAGGCUGUCAAAUAUGUGUACAAUAAUGCAGAUGAGCUUGGCUUUAAGGAGACUAGUAUAUCAAUUGGGGGAGUCUCUGCGGGUGGUAAUAUCUGUCUUGCAAUUUCACAUCUAUGUAGAGAUAUUGGCUUACAUCUUGUCGCAUGUAUUGCGGGAACACCUCAGGUUGACGAUAUCCUGUCUUAUCAAAGGGCCGAAGAUUCUCCUUACCCUUCAAAUUCAGAAUGCCAAUUUGCUCCAACUUUAAACUGGUCCAGAUUAAAGUGGUUUGACGAUUUGAAGUGGAUGUCUUUGUCAGCGGAUGAGGCUACUAGGUUGUCCCAAUUGAAAGAUAUUGGGUGGUUCAAGAGUAUAAUUACAGCUCCAAACUUUUCUAAUCUUCCCAAAACGGUUAUUUUUACGGCAGGAUGUGAUCCAAUGAGGGAUGAAGGUGAAGCAUAUGGAGUCAAGUUAAUCCAACAUGGUAAUGAAGUUGUAUUCAAAAGAUAUCCUGGAGUUCCCCACCCAUUCAUGCACAUGGAUGCAGAUUUAUGGCAAGCGUCAGAUUAUAUUAAAAGAACUGCUUUUGAGUUGGCUCUCGCACAUAGGACUAUAGAGACUUUUGUUUAG